AUAUUUAAAAUUUAAACCGACUAUGGUCUACUGUUACUAUAUUGGUGAGGACAGAAUACGGACCUUAGAAAAGUAUAAAAAUAAAACUAUUACAUAACUGCAAGUUUAUACAAGCUUAUACAAAUUCACAAAAUUGAAACCGUUAAAAGAGAAGAUCACACGUCACCGGAAGAAAUAAUAAAUGUGAAGAAUAUUCGUCUCAUUGACCAGUGGGUCGACCGUCGACGAGUCGUUAACAAUAAUAAUUUUUCAUUCUCGCUACCAUGGAAGCGGAUGCUGUGUGCCGGUCCGUUCUCAAUGAGAUCGAGGAGUGUUUGUCACAAAUCAAACGAAUGCCUUUGCCACCGUUUCCUGUUUACGAGAAUACUAAUAAAGCUGCUGCUUGUAUCAAUUACCGUUUAAAAGAAUUUGAUUCUGUUGCAUAUUAUCUUUCUGAAGCUCAUGGAGGUGGAAUUCGUUCAAAACUAUCAUUGAUAAUGAAUCCAGAUACUCCUAGUAAAAAAGAACUCAAUGACUGUCUAUCCUUGAACUCAGAAUAUGUGAAUAAAGGAUAUCAUGGUCUUAUUGAACGUUUAAAAGAAAUGCCAUCUGAAUGGACAUUAAUACAAAUUACUAAAAACUAUAAUCCCAAAGAUAUAGUAACACCUAGGCCUACAGAUAAACCUACAGAAGUUGGUGAACUUUUCAUAUCUAGAUAUCAGUGUGGUCAAAAAUACAAAAAUAUUAAGCCUUUGACUAUAAAAGUAGAAAAGGCCAAAUCCAGUUUAGGACAAAAAACUAUAUUUGAAGUUUUGAAAAAAAGCUUAGAAGAUACAAAUGACAGACAAAAUAAAGAUCCAGUAGCUAUUCGGAAUUUAAGAGAUUCUGCUUCGCAGUCAAUUAAAAGCAUUUCUCAAGAAAUUCAUACCAGUUGGAUAAAACAUUGGAUUUGUAUGUUAUUAGGCAACUAUAUUGAUGAAAAACUUUCAGCAGAAGUUUAUAGUAUUAUCGAUAAUGUCAUAGAAGAAGAAAAUAUGACUAUAAGUGACCGAGGUAGAAUGAUUUUGUAUCAGAUAACAAAUGCAGUUGUUCAACUUACAGAUGUUGAAAUAAACAGCAUUCUUAAAGAAGUUGGCUGUUCAAUAGAAGAAAUGAGUAAAUUAGAAUCUGCUAUUAAUAAAUAUAAAUUAAAUGGUUCACAUUUAAUGUUGAAAAAGAGACAUUCAGUUUUGCUUAUAUUAGAUGAGCAAUUAGAAUGUUUGCCAUGGGAAACAAUACCAUGUUUGAAAAGACAUCCAAUAUCCCGUGUGUCAUCUGUACAUAUUGUGCACAGAUUGUAUAACAAACAUAAGGAUUCUAUUCAAAACGGAUUAAUGAAAAUUAAAAAUCAAGGAUACUAUAUUUUAAACCCUGAUAAAACACUAUCUAAUGCAGAAAAAAGAAUGUCGAGUUUUCUCAAGGAAAGAAAUGUAAACUGGCCUGGUAUUCAAAGUCAAGAACCUACUUCAGAACAGUUUAGUUCAAUACUAAAAAAAAAUAACAUCCUAUUAUAUUGUGGCCAUGGCAAUGGAACACAAUACUUGCAUAGUUUGGAUUUAGACAAAUUAGAUCUACAAUGUAUCCCAAUGUUGUUUGGAUGUUCAAGUGUCAAACACACAGACAAAGGUGGACGGCCUAAUUUUGUGGGUGCUUCAUAUGGAUAUUUAAAAGCUGGCUGUCCCUGUGUCAUUGGUAUGUUAUGGAAUGUAACAAGUUUAGAUGCUGACAACUUGGCUAGAGCUAUGCUUAAUGUUUGGCUACCUGGAAAUCCUAUUAAUCUUCAAGAGAAAUGGCCUAAAGAGUUUUUAGAUCAACAGGAUUAUCAUAUGGAAAGAGAACUCUUACGCACAUUAGCAAUUGCUAGAAAAACUACCAAAAGUUUUUUCAACUAUGCUGCAUUAGUUGCCCGAGGCAUACCAGUUAUUAUGACAGACUGAUAUUGAUAAUCCAGAACUAAUAUAAUUUAUAUUUUAAGUUAUUGAGAGACUCAAAUUUUUUUAUUUAUAGUGAAGUUCAAAGUAAUUGCCAUUAAGUUUAUACCUAUUUAUAGAUUUACAUAAUUAUUAUAAUUUGUUAAACUAUAUUUUUAAGUAAUAAAUUGUUUAUACAUUUUUUUCUCAUA